CUGUUCAGAGGCCACAUCCUGUAGACGCUCGUCCUAGAGACGGUACAGUACCGGAGAGGAAAGCCUGUGCCGGGGUUUGGAUAAAGGGUGCAAGGAGGGCUAAGCUGAAAUGACACCGCCUUCGAUCUAAAAAAACGACUUAACUGCUGGAAAUAUAAGGAACUCUCCUUGUGGCCUCAGUACCUGUCAGCACCACCAUGUCGUGUCGGGACAUCCACGCCACCAACGCUUUUGCCUUCUUCAUUGCCUUUGUGUCUGUGGCAGGGAUUGCUGUGGCAGCGUUAAUCCCACAGUGGCGUGUAACGAGACUCGUCACAUUUAAUCGUAAUGCCAAGAAUAUCAGCGUGUAUGAUGGCUUGUGGGCUAAAUGUGUCAAACAGGAUGGCCAUUCAGGAUGUUACCACUAUGAUUCAGAGUGGUACUCUAAAGUGGACCAGCUGGAUCUGCGGCUCCUGCAGUUCUGUCUGCCUACAGCCCUGCUGUUCGGCUCUCUAGCGUUGCUGCUGUGCAUGGCAGGAAUGUGUAAAACCUGCUGCUGCUCAGACAAGCCUGAACCGGACAUUAAGACCAUCAGAUUCCUGGUCAACAAUGCGGGGUGUCACCUUGUGGCUGGGACGUUCUUGUUCUUGGGCGGAGCUAUCGCCAUCGCACCCUCAGUAUGGUUUCUCUUCCGCACCAAGGAAAUGAACAUCAAAUAUGACAAAAUAUUUUCUGAUGGCUUUGCUGUGUAUGUAUCUAUAGGCUGCUCUGGAGGACUAAUGCUGGCCUCCCUGCUGAUGUUCAUGUGGUACUGUAUGUGUAAAAAGUUGCCUUCACCCUUCUGGUUGCCGCUGCCCUCCAUGCCUACCUCUCUGUCCGCCCAGCCUCUCACUGCCAACGGAUAUCCUCCUUCCCCAGUUUACGGCCCUCAGCCCUUCCCACCACAGGCCUUCCCUCCCACAGUGAUUGACGCCCAGCCGUAUGUGACCUCCCAGGGCUACGCUCAAACUGCGGUCGCCCCUGCACCGCCACAAGUGUACAUGUCUCAGAUGUCUGCUCCAGAGGGGUAUGGUUCAGAGGUGGGGGGGACACAGGCCUACAGCUACGCUCCCUCACAGAGCUACGCACCCUCGCAAAACUAUGCACCCUCGCAGAGCUACGCUCCGUCUCAGGGCUACGCUCCGUCUCAGGGCUACGCAUCCAGCUACGCCGGCCACCGCUACUCCUCCCGCUCACGGAUGUCUGCCAUAGAGAUCGACAUUCCUGUGCUGACUCAGGGUCAAUAAGAGAAGGGAGGCAGAUAAUGUCGGCACUUUGAUGGCUUCUGUCAAAGAAGUUCACCACUGAUAACACUAAUAGAGUAUGAUAGAUGAAAGUUAAUAACGAGAGAGCUAUUUACUGUCCUGAGUGAUUCAGUCAGUCAGCCUAAGUCUAUGACUUGCUGAUCAUAAAGGAUGAAAACCAGUCAAAAGAACCCUGGGGUGACUAUAUGAAGGAUGAUAUUUUCUUAAAAAAGGAAAGACACUGUAUUCAACUUAGUAGUAGAAAGGGAAGAAAAUAAACACAUUUCCAGCCAGAAUACUGAAAAACAGUAAGACAUCUCAACCAACUCGCCUUUUCACUGUUUAACCAGCAGAGAAGGAACACUUAACAAUAGCUUCUAACCUGCUGAAGUGACCAAUGGACCAACUACUGUAGCUGCAAGGAAAUAGUUACUAGCAUGUGGUAUGGGGCUUAAUAUUAAUCCCCACUUUUGAUUUUAGAUCAAAGAAGCCCUGUUUAUGGCUGCCAAAAAGCUGGUGUCAACAAAAUGUUAUUUUACUGUUACAUUUGUUUAUGUUGGACACAUUAUUUUCAUACUCAAAUUGUGUCAAGCUUAAAGUAUAAAUCUUCUGCUAUCACUACUGAACAUAAUCUUACAUUUUGUGGUUCUGACUGGAGCAAGUGACUCACCCACCUUUUUUUAUAUUUUGUGUUUGUUUGUAACAGCAAUUGUUUUAUAAAUGUUGCCCUGUGAGGAGCAGCUGUUGAAGUUUUUAAUGCACUAAUUAUGUGAAUACUGUGCCAGUUUACAUUCGCCUUUGUUCACUGACUUUAUAGCCUUGAGUAUUUUCUAACGUAUUAAUUAAUCAGUUAUUGUAACAUACUUUUAUGAAGUGUCAAUGUCAUAGAAGUGGCACUAAGAAAUGUGUUAACUGUGUUAAAUUUAAUGUAUAGAUGCAGAUUUUGAUUACUAUGUGGAAUUACAGUUUAGUAACUGUAAUAGUGUAAUAACUAAUGUUAAAAUGUUGUGUUGUUCAUCUGCAAUUAAUUUGACAGCUCAGGAUUCAAAACUUUUGCCAACUUAGCAUGAAGUGUAACAUCUUUCAGUGGUUUUAGUAAAGUUUGUCUUGCCUUUUGCAUGUUUUGCAUAAUGAGCGUUGAUCAACAUUUCUUCAAAGUCUUAAGUCUCCAUGAUAUUAUUCUAUAAUAUCAAAGUCAAAUGGUUUUUCUACAGUCGUCUUCUUUUUG